CGCCAGCCAGUCAGACGGACUCCCCUUGGAUUUCAAGAGGAAGAAGAGAGACAUCUCAACGCUAUGCUGGAAGCAGGAGUCGUUACACCUUCCGCCUCAGAGUGGGCGUCACCCGUGGUGCUAGUCCGUAAAAAGGAUGGAGGUGUUCGCUGGUGUGUAGACUAUCGGCGCCUCAACAGCUUGACAGCAAAGGAUGCCUAUCCUCUCCCCAAAAUUGAGGAAUGCCUUGAUGUCCUUGGUGGAGCUUGUGUCCUCUCUACCCUAGACCUCCAGUCUGGCUACUGGCAAAUUGCAGUAGAUGAAAUGGACAGAGCAAAGACGGCCUUCAUCACUCGCUAUGGCCUUUAUGAAUACACUCGUAUGCCCUUCGGAUUGUGCAAUGCUCCAAGCACUUUCCAAAGGGCAAUGGAGCUUGUUCUUCGAGGACUCCAGUGGGAAAUUCUUCUGAUUUACUUGGAUGACAUCAUCAUACUAGGUAAAGGGGUCGAUGAGAGCCUUGAUCGACUUGAAGCUGUAUUCCAGCGCCUUUUCAGCUAUGGAUUAAAGCUAAAGCCAUCCAAGUGUCACCUGCUUAAAGAAGAAGUUAUUUUCUUGGGCCAUGUGGUCACUUGGAACCCCCCCAUGAGUGUACAUGAGCUGAAGGCCUUUCUUGGACUGUGUAACUACUACAGGAAGUUUGUUCCAGCAUUUUCUGAGCUGGCCAGCCCUCUUAAUGAACUCCUAAGGAAAGAAGCAGCAUUCUUGUGGACUGAGGAGCACCAGAAUGCUUUUACACAGCUCAAAGAAAAGUUAACUUCUGCACCUGUGCUCGGAUAUCCUUUAGUGGAGGGAAAAUACAUCCUGGACACCGAUGCAUCGAAUCACAGUAUCGGGGCAGUCUUGUCACAACUUCAGUGGGGAGAGGAGAGAGUUAUCACUUACGCAAGUACCCACCUCACUCCAGCUCAGAGGAGAUACUGUGUAACAAGACGAGAGUUGCUAGCUGUUGUUUGCUACACCCGCCAGUUUCGACAUUACCUGCUUGGAAAGAAGUUUCUUCUACGCACAGAUCACAACAGCCUCACCUGGUUGUUCCGGUUCAAACACCCUGAGGGACAGCUUGCUCGCUGGCUGGAAGAGCUGUGUCAGUAUGAUUUUGACAUUGAGCACAGAGCUGGAAAACAUAAUUCAAAUGCUGAUGCGAUGUCAAGAUGUGGUGGCGAGCUCUCCAAUAUAUGCAACUGCUAUCAGGCAGGGAAGAGUGUUUCAAAUCUGCCAUGUGGAGGAUGUAAACAUUGCCAAAAGCUGCAUGACCACUGGGAGAGGUUUGAAGAAGAUGUGGACGAUGUGGUUCCACUUGCAGUAAGGAGCAUUGAGUGUGCAACAGAGGAACACGUUAUCGACAACCCUGGUGCGGGUGAUGAGAACAGGGCAGCUGCAGAGUUGUUUGAAACCCCACGUGUGAACUGGCUAGAAGCAUUCUCAAAAGAAAAGCUAGCGCAAGACCAGAGAGCUGAUCCUGAUCUCUCCAUCCUGCACAAGUGGAAAGAGGUGGGAGCCCUUCCAACAAAAGAGGAUAUUGUGCUGAAAAGUCCAGCAGUAAGAAAAUACUGGCUGUGUUGGCCACAAGUUGAACUCCAUCAAGGUGUUCUCUUUUAUCGUUGGGAAAGGCCUGGAAGACUCAGUCCCUCCUUAUUGCUGCUAGUACCUGCCUCAAUGCAAACAGAAGUGCUACAAGCCUGCCAUAAUCCACCGCAAUCUGGCCAUUUGGGUGAGGGAAAGACCUUGGAGCGACUUCGUCAAAGUUUCCACUGGUAUGGCAUGGGUGGAGAUGUACAUUUGUACAUUCAGAGGUGCAGACACUGCAAUGCCUGCAAAGUUGCUGGGCCAAUCAAGAGAGCCAAGCUUCAAAAUUACCAAGCAGGGGCGCCAAUGGAUCGGAUCCACAUUGAUAUACUGGGCCCAUUUCCUGUAUCCAGUUCAGGAAACAAGUACGUUCUAAUCAUCGUUGACCAGUUCACUCGAUGGGUAGAAGCCUUUCCUGUGCCAGACCAAGGGGCAGAAACUACAGCUAAGACACUUGUCUAUGAGUUCAUCUCCAGGUUUGGUGCACCACUUGAACUGCACACAGACCAGGGUCGAAAUUUUGAGAGUUCAUUAUUCAGAAAUGUUUGUAGUCUUUUGCAGAUCACAAAAACGAGGACAACCCCUUACCAUCCUGCCUCCAAUGGGCAAGUUGAGAGGUUCAAUCGAACGCUCCUACAGAUGAUUCGAUGCUACGUGAACCAGAACCAGAAAAACUGGGAUGAGCAUCUUCCUCUCCUUACAUCAGCGUACCGUAGUUCCCAGCAUGCAGUUACUGGAUUUACACCAAAUAGGCUCAUGCUUGGAAGGGAAGUUUACCAACCUCAGGAUCUAUGGUCCGGCAUGGCAGAGCAAAGGUCAGACAGUUUGGAAGUGCCAGAUUUCCUGUAUAACUUGGAAAAAGGAUUGAGAGACGCACAUGAUGUUGCCCGGGAGCACCUCCAAACAGCACAACAACGGCAAAAGAAGGUCUAUGAUCUCAGGGCUCAGGAGAGGAAGUAUGUUGUUGGAGAUCUGGUGUAUAUGCGGGACAGUACUAAGAAAAAAGGACAGAGUCCAAAACUCCAGGCACCUUGGAAAGGCCCCUUAGUGAUAUCUGCCUGCUGUGGCCCAGUACUUUAUGAGGUCCAGGGGUUACGACAAAAGAGAAUCAUGCAUCACGAUCGUCUCAAGCCCUAUGACUGUGAAGUGAUUCCAACGAAGGUCAGACGUCAAAGGAGUGAGAUCCUGCAAAAGAGCAAGGGUACCCCUGACAACCCUAUAAUGCAAGAACCUCUACAUGAGCCUGAACCACCUUCCUCUCAGGGUAGCAGUGAAACUGAAUCCAUUUCUUCUGACCCGGAACCCCAGGAGAACCAGGACAAGGAGAGAAAGCGGCAGCCAGCAGCUCGUCGACGCAGAAAAAAACUUGGAGUUGGACUGAUGUCAGAUAUAGGAGAACAAGAGACAAUCAAGAAAACACAUAAAGGAAGAGAAAUUCGGAAGCCGGCAAGAUACAACAGUUAG